UUCGUUAUCAUUCUGUUAACUGCUGUUGUAAGUGAAUUCAUUUCUAGCCAUUUCAGAAAAAAUUAUUGCCCAUCAUUACAUUUUACGAGCAAUUCGUGUCUGGUAGGAUGAUGAAAAAGAUAUGCAUUAUGUUUUUAUUCACUGUGGUGUCGGUAAUAGCGGACACGGACGAAUUGGAGAAUCCCGUGCCAGAGACGAAUGCCGAAGCGACUCAACUGGCCGACAAUGGGAAAAAUCCUGGCCCAAAACAGACUGAAUGGAAAACCACCCGUGACGGUAUUAAAUGGCUCCCGGACUGCGACUUCCCUGGCUACGACAUUAAAUACGAAUACAUCGGAGGUCGGUGUUCCCACUGUAAGUGUAGCGAUAUCUGCACGGAUACCAGCGGAUGUAACGCCUUCAGCUGGAUGGACGGAUGGUGUUACCUGAAGAAUUUACCUGCAGCAGCACUAAAGAGAUCCCCUUCCACUUCCAGUGGAGGCGGUUGCGGUUGCGGUUUUCUCCCCUGGGAAUUUGAAUAAUUGUUAUGUCAGUAAAAACAAAAAAAUUAUGUUGAGAAGUGAUCCAAGUUGAC